AUGCCCGCAAACUCUGCGACCAACACCCAACUGCCUAAAAAGAGUCUGAUGGAUAGAAUCAAAGGAUAUUUUGGCGUUGAGGACAUCACUGGAGAGCUACGGGAUAGCACAGAUAUCGAGAUUCACACUUGGGAUGGGCCUGACGACCCUGAGAAUCCAUUCAAUUGGAGUACCAAGUACAAAUGGCUACUUACCUUGACGGUCUGCUUCAUCUCCAUCCUGACCGGUCUGCCUGCCGGAACGUAUGGAUCCGGAAAUAACUGGAUGGAAAACGAAUGGCAUGUUCAGAACUCUCCUUUCCCCAAUCUCUAUUGGGCUACGACCUCCUGGAACAUGGGUGCGGCCUUUUGGCCGCUGAUCUUCGUGCCUCUCACCGAAUCCUCCGGUCGCAUGCCUGGGUACUUUGUUUCGUAUAUUAUCCUCGUCGCUACGCUAUUCGGAUCAGCCUUCGCCCACAACUUUGCUACUAUUGUGGUCACCCGCUUUUUCGGCGGUGGUGCGUCGUCUGUCUCGAUCAAUAUCGUCGGAGGGAGUAUCAGUGAUGUGUGGAAGGGUGGCAAAGCCCGCAGUUUGCCCAUGUCUCUGUUCGGGUUUACAAGUGUAAUUGGAAUUGCUUUGGGUCCAUUCAUCGGCUCUGCGAUUGUGCAAAUCCACAAGGAAGACCCAUGGAGAUGGAUCUUCUACGUCCAAAUCAUCUACAACGCCGCCCUCAUUCCUGUCUUCUGGCUCAUCCUCCGCGAGACCCGUCCAGACGUGAUCCUCAAACGACGAGCCCGCAAAAUCCGCAAGGAGACCGGACGGCACGUCUAUGCGGCGUCCGAGCUGAACGCCCCGAGUACCAUGCGUCUCCUCAAGAUCUCCUUCGGCCGGCCGGCCCGAAUGUUAGUCUCCGAGCCAGUCGUCCAGUUCUUCACCCUGUGGAUUAGUUUCGCCUGGGGUAUCCUGUAUCUGUUCUUCUCCAGUGUGGUCCAGACAUACAGCACCAACUAUGGCUGGGGUGUAUUGGCUACUGGUCUGGUCCAGCUAGCCAUCUCCGUCGGGGCCGUCAUCGCCACCGCGGUCAAUCCCUUCCAGGACUGGCUGUACCUGCGUUCCGCGAAAAGAAACACAGAGAGACCCGGUCGUCCCAUCCCAGAAGCAAGACUGUACACGUCCAUCCCCGGUAGUCUACUCUUCACCGCCGGGCUAUUCUGGUACGGCUGGGCCAGCCAGCCCGACGUCCACUGGAUCGUUCCCACGAUUGGAAUCACAGCUGCUGGGAUUGGCAUCUACGCGAUUUACAUGGGUGUCGUUAACUAUCUGACCGAUGCAUAUGAGAAAUACGCUGCGUCUGCAUUGUCCGCUGCGUCGUUGGGUCGAAACUCCUUCGGAGCGUUCCUCCCGCUGGCGUCGCCGCAGCUGUUUAGUAAUCUCGGUUUUGGAUGGGCUGGUUCAUUACUGGGGUUUAUUGGGGCUGCACUGUCGCUUGUCCCUGUCGUUCUGGUGCUCAAGGGGCCGCAGAUUCGGAGGAGCAGUCCGUUCAUGCGUGAGUCGACGUGGGAUCCGGAGGAGACGAGUGAGAGGGACGAGAAUCAGGCUGAGAAGGCCUCCGAUGUUUGA